UUUCCUUUGACCUUGAUCAAAACGACAAGUGCGUCGUCAUGUGAUACGAAUUACGUCACAUAUAGGAAAUAAUGCGCAUGCGCGGGAGGAAUCCACACGCGUGUGUACGUACGUGUCAACAUACCACCAUGUCUUUCAGAGGUCGAGGAGGAGGCAGGGGAGGCGGCAGGGGCCGAGGAGGUAGAGGUAGAGGAGGAGGGAGAGGCGGAAGGUUUCAGCACUAUGACUAUGGUCCUCCUGAAUACGUCACCGAGGUGGGAUCUUUUGUGCAUCCCUGCGAGGAGGAUCUGGUGUGCAAGGGCAGUAUUGAGAAGGUCCCGUACUUCAAUGCCCCAAUCUACCUGGAGAACAAGUCGCAGAUUGGCAAAGUGGACGAGAUAUUUGGGCCAAUGAACUCAUAUUACUUUUCUGUGAAGCUGCUCCCAGACAUGAAAGCUACCUCGUUCAAAUCGGAACAAAAAUUCUUCAUAGAUCCAAUGAAGCUGCUGCCACUUGGAAGAUUUCUUCCUCGACCAAAGACUGCAUCUGGUAAAGUCGAGAAACGCGGCGGUGGACGAGGGGGUGAGUAAAGUAUAGGAGUGUUGGAUAUCGUGCUCGUUGUGUGUAAUUUACAGGGGGGCCAAGAGGGAGAGGGGGUCGUGGUGGGUUUGGACGAGGAGGAGGUUUCCGUGGAGGGGGGAGAGGGGGAUUCGGGGGAAGAGGAGGAGGCAGGGGGUUCCGGGGAGGUUUCUCAAGAGGCAGGGGAAGAGGUCGAGGAUGGUAGGAGAAAACUAUCCUCAUUGUUACACUUGGCGUUUUGCAAACACAAUGAUAAUUACAUUGAAGCUAGGAGGUGAUUUCACUAGGCAUUGGUUCGUCAUUGAGGGCUGCCUGAAUGUUCUUCACUGCUGUGUGUAUCAUCCUCAUUCUGCACUUCAUUGUUGCACUCCCUACAGUGAUGAGGGAUGAGUUAGCAAUGAUUGGUACAACU